AGCGCGCCAAUAUCUCACUCCCUUUCCUUCUGCGAAACUUUCGCAUCUUCUCUUUCUCUCUCUCAAUUGCUCAGAAACUCAUCACACACUUGUUCAUGCAAAUUUCACAUACCCAUUUACCAACUUUCAAUCUUUUUCAGAUUCGGAUGACAAAUCUUCUUCUAGGUCAUUCUCAGAUUCUGGGUUUGAGGCAUUUUGUUUAGGAAAUAUUUCAUCUUGAGGUUUUUGGAGAGUUUGAUGAGAGGCCCAAGUAGAAAGCAUGACGCUUGAGCUUUGUCUUCUUCAGUGGUUUCCUUACAAUUUCUUUCAGAUGGAAUGGCAGAUCUUUCUAGUUAUGGGAAUCCUGAACGUGAUAUUGAGCAAGUAUUCAUUACUUUAAAAAGGGGCACUCAGUUUGUUAAGUACAGUCGAAAAGGGAAGCCAAAACUUUGUAAUUUCAGGCUUUCACAGGAUGAAACAUCACUGAUUUGGAUUUCUCAUGGAAAGGAAAAGAAUCUGAAAUUGUCGUCAGUUUUGCGCAUCAUCUCAGGACAGAGAACAGCUGUCUUUAGACGAUAUUUGCGUCCUGAAAAGGAUUAUCUAUCGUUUUCACUUAUUUAUAAGAAAGGCGAACGGUCGCUUGAUCUGAUUUGCAAGGAUACAACUGAGGUUGAGGUAUGGCUUUUGGGCCUUAACGCAUUAAUUUCUACUGGACAGCUUAGAAAGAGGCGCUCUGGAAGUGAUUUAACAGAUGAUAGUGUUGAAUUUACUCCGAAUGAUCGUCCUUUUGGUGGAGCACUAGAGUUUACUUCAAGUAUUUCCCGAGGCAGGUUUUCUUUUGAAUCAGUUACUCGUGAAUCCACAUCGAGUAGAGGAAGAUCAGAUGUGGGGUCAGAUCGAGCAAGUAUGCCAAUAAGGACGAGUGUUGGAGAUGGUUCCCGUGUCAGUGUUUCAAGUAUCGGCUAUGCUAGUAGCGCAGGAUCAGGACCAGAUGACAUAGAGUCUCUAGGUGAUGUUUUCAUAUGGGGAGAGGUUUGGGCCGACAGCAAUUCCUCUGAUGCGUUAGGGAGUCAAGUCGCUUCGAAGACUGAUGUGUUGAUUCCUAAGCCAUUAGAGUCUGACGUUGUUCUUGAUGUUCAUCAGAUAGAACCCGGCGUAAGCCACAUCGCUCUAGUGACGAGGCAAGGAGAGGUUUUUACCUGGGGAGAGGACUCUGGUGGAAGACUCGGACACGGGUUUGAUAAAGAUUUCAGUAAACCCCAUCUUGUUGACUCCCUAGCAGUUACUAAUGUGAGUUUUGUUGCUUGUGGUGAAUAUCAUACAUGUGCUAUAUCUACAUCUGGGGAUCUAUACACAUGGGGUGAUGGUACACAUAAUGCCGGAAUUCUAGGUCAUGGAACGGAUGUUUGCCACUGUAUACCGAAGAGGGUCAAUGGUCCUUUACAGGGACUUCAGGUUGUAUCUAUAGCAUGUGGCACAUGGCAUACGGCAUUGGUAACUUCCAACGGGAAACUUUUUACAUUUGGCGAUGGAAUGCUUGGUGUGUUGGGGCAUGGAGAUAGAGAGAGUGUGUCAUAUCCAAAGGAGGUACAAUUAUUGAGUGGACACAAGGCUUUUAAGGUUGCAUGUGGAUUGUGGCACACGGCAGCCAUUAUAGAGGUUAUGGAUCAAUCUGGUUCAAACACUCCUUCGUCAAGGAGGCUAUUCACAUGGGGUGAUGGUGAUCAAUAUCGUUUAGGUCAUGUUAACAAGGAAACCUGCCUUCAACCAACUUGUGUGGCUGCACUUGCUGAAUAUAAUUUUCAGCAGGUUGCAUGUGGACACAGUUUGACUGUUGCACUAACUGCAUCCGGUCAUGUUUUUACGAUGGGAAGCAUGGCAUACGGUCAACUUGGAAAUCCAAUGUCUGAUGGAAAAAUACCGAUUCUGGUUAGAGAUAGGUUAUUAGGCGAAUCCGUCGAGGAAAUAUCAUGCGGAGCACAUCAUGUUGCUGUAUUGACUUCAAGAAGUGAACUAUAUACUUGGGGAAGAGGUGCUAAUGGAAGGUUAGGACAUGGAGACAUAGAAGAUCAGAAAACUCCAACAUUGGUGGAAGCCUUGAAAGAAAGGCAUGUAAAGAAUAUCUCGUGUGGCGCAAACUUUACGACUUGUAUAUGCAUACAUAAAUGGGUUUCUGGCGCUGACCAAUCUGUUUGUUCCGGUUGUAGACAACCGUUUGGUUUUACUAGAAAAAGGCAUAACUGUUACCAUUGUGGAUUGGUGUAUUGUCAUCCUUGUAGUUCAAAAAAGGCACUGAGAGCAGCAUUAGCUCCAACACCUAGCAAACCACAUCGCGUUUGUGAUGCUUGUUAUGCUAAGCUUAAAGGUUCUGAGAGUAGUAAUGCUUCAAAUUUUAAUCGAGAUAUUACCCGUCCGUCUAGUUUGACGAACGGAAGGGAAAGAUUCGACAGGGGAGAGAUUAGGCCUUCAAGAACUCUCUUUUCUCCUGCCACAGGUCUAGCAAAAUACCUCGACAUAAGGAGUAAUAUGCAUGGAAGUAGUUCACAUGAAUCGUUUUCUGCAGCCAGAGAUGCUCAAGUUCCGUUAACUUUACAUUUGAAAGAUGUCAUAUUUCCAGGUUCAUCAAGUCCCAUGCAGAAUCCAUCUAGGCCUCUUAUUCAGCCGCAAAGUCAACCUCCAGCUCCACCUUCAUCAUCGGCUACUUCAAGACCAACCUCACCGUAUGCAAAAAGACCGCCUAGCCCAACACGUUCUAUCUCGCCUGGAUUUUCGAAAAGCCUUAUUGAUAAUUUAAAGAAGAAAAGUGAGCUUUUGAAUCAAGAAGUCUCAAAGUUGCAAAGUCAUAUUCGAAGUUUAAAGCAAAAGGGUGAAAUGCAAGAUAUGAAGAUUCAGGAGCUUCAGAAAAAUAUUGAGGAAGCCAAUCUAUUGGCUGGAGAUGAAUCAUCUAAGCAUAGAGAAGCAAAGGAAUACAUCAAGUUCAUGACAGAUGAGUUGGGGUGCGUGAUUGAGAAGUUGCCACCAGAGUUUCCUGGCAGUGAAAACUUGAGAGAGAUCCAUGCUCAUGCUCAAUAUUUACUGAAAGAAAAUGUAGAAUUUGAAUCUUCUUCCUUCCGACCGAGCUUCGAGUCCGAGCAACAAAACACACCUGAUAUACCAGCAUCAGGCAGCGACUCUUCAAACCUGCAAAAGCAAAGACUGGAAGAAAAUGAAGAAGUUUCUGAGCCUCUUCCAUCUAUUGAUGGAGAAAAUGGUGUUCAAGAAAGCAUCAGCUCAUAUAUAUCUAGUACAGGAGUGUCUUUGCCGAGCUUGGAAAAUAGUUCCAGAUCCCCCGAGUCUUACAGGCCUACGAGAGAAGGAGAAACAUCAAUCAUUGAACAAUUUGAACAUGGUGUUUAUGUCACACUCAUAGUAAUUCCUGGUGGCGGAAAAGUUUUCAAACGUGUUAGAUUCAGUAGGAGAAGAUUCAGUGAGCAACAAGCAGAAGAAUGGUGGAACAAUAACAAAGAUAGGUUGCUUAGGAAAUAUAGUCCAGCACCUAUAAAGAAUGCAGUUACUGGUUCAUCUGUGACUCCACCUAACGCUGAAUAAAAUAGUGAGGCAUUACCUUCUUCUUAAAUUUAUCUCUCAUGAUCUUGAAUGGAAGAAGAAUCAUCAAUCAAUCAAUCAAUCAAUCAAUCAGGUGUAGAGAAAUAUAAUUUAGGCAAGUUAGUGCAAAUUGUAUCUACACUAUGAAGCACUGACACAGACACAGGCAAUACACUGACACAUAGACACAAGUAAUAAUUUAUAAAAAUAAGAGUUAUUGAAUAUAAUCACACAUGUUGGACACUCACACAUGUUGGCCACCAGACACAACUUUUAUGUGAAGUGUCAGUGCUAUAUAAUUCUCCAAGAGUCUCGGGAAGACCUACAAUAGAAGAUAGAAUAUGUAGUAGGAAGAAUAUAAGGUUUAGAGGUAGAAAAUUGACUUUUGAUUUUUAACAUGUAUGAUCAUAUUCUUGUUCCUUCUUUCCUUGUAACUCUUUCACAUAACCCCUUUUAUUGGUAUUGUACAUUAUAUGUCUAAUUUAUCUCCUCUAA